AUGCUAAUCAAAUCUGCAAUUGUUGCAAUUCUAUUUUUCCUAAAAAUAUAUGUUACUAGUGAACAUAUAGUAUGCAAGAGACAGAAGACUGUAGAAUGCCAUCUCGAACCUAAAACAGUUAUAGUAAAUUGGACUCUCAAAUAAAACAUCUGCAUUGAUUUCUAUAAAGAAUGCUGGGAAAAUAGUUCCAACACUCAAAACAGUUCCUCAGCCCAUCAAGGACUUAAUAUUCCUCAAAUUUGUCCCUUGGAACUUCAAGUUGGGGACACACUUAUUAUUUCUUCUGAACCAUCUUCUAAUUUCAUUGGAAUGAAUCUGAUGAAUGUUUUCAAAGACACUUUCAUUAAUUGUCUGCAGAAUGACAGUGCUCAAGAUCAACUGCUUUUUGGUUGCAAACUAAAAGGCACACACGAAGUUAACCCUCAGUGGCUCAGCAUUAGAGCACAUUAUUUCCUCACAAAAAUGACAGGAGGUCCAUUGCUCUUCAAACUUGGCCUUCGUUUGAAUGUAACAGUUAAGCAACAAUUUUGCCAGGCAUCCCAGAAUGCAGCAUUUUGCUCUGGGCAUGGCAGAUGUCUAAGUGAAAUUUGGAAUAAGACAUAUGUCUGUCAUUGUCAGCCUCCAUAUUCAGGGGAAUUCUGCCAGGAAGUGGAUGAGUGCUUUCAAAACCCAUGUCAUAACAAUGGAAUUUGCAUUAAUAAAAACGAAGAACAGAAUGGGGAUUCCUAUGAUUAUAUCUGUCAUCCACAAUUUACAGGUAAAAAUUGUGCAGAAAUAAUUGGACAGUGUCAACCACAUCUCUGUCUCCAUGGGAACUGCAGAAAUGUGACAUCAAAUACAUUCAUUUGUGAAUGUGAUGAACAGUUUACAGGUCCAUUUUGUGAGGAGUUGCUGAAGCCUUGCCUUUCUCAACAAUGCUGGAAUGGAGGCACUUGCCAUAAUCAAAUGCCAGCUUAUAUUUGUGAUUAUCCAGCUGGCUUUCUUGGUCCAAAAUGUGAAACUGAUGUUGAUCAGUGCUCAUCCCUGCCAUAUCAGAAUGGAGCUGAAUGCACUGAUAUAACAAAUCCAAAUCAGCCAACCAGGGUCAUACUCACCAAUCAUCGGCGGACACCCGGGUUUACCAGAGACGAGCUGACCAGGGGAUCCCAUCCCAGUACGCCACAACUCCGUCCACCACCACCUCUGCCUCGGGAGCAAGAGCUCCGCUGUCUGUGGGCCAAGAACUCUGGAAGCAGCUGCCACCCCGGGACUGCAACAGGACUGGGGCUGAGACCAAGCUCAUCUCUCACAUGUAUGCCAAGAUUUGCUGGAAGGAACUGUGAGAAAGUAAUUGACUACUGCAUACUGCUCAGCAUCAACUGUCUGAAUGAAGGAUUGUAUUGCAAUAUAAUUGGAGGAUUCAGACCUGGAAACAAAUCCAAAUCUCCAGAGUCCUUGCUCUCCAAAGCACAGCUGGAUUUGGAGUUCCUGGUCGUCCAAGAUUCCUUUGAUGUUUCCAGGCUCAGAUGCCCAACUCUCCUCACUAUCCUGGGGGUAAAAGUUCCAGUGGCUAGGGCAGAGGCAACCUUCCAAACCAGCAAAGCCCAGGGCUGGCUGCUUGUUGUUAACAAGGCCCCUAGCCUAGAGAUGUUUACUCUUCACAGGGACCAAGCCUCUUCCUGA